AUGGUUGAACAACAAAGAAAGAAAGAAAGAAAGAAAGAAAGAAAGAAAGAAAGAAAGAAAGAAAGAAAGAAAGAAAGAAUGCACGUGAUUGUUCCCGCCACGAGCCUGCGCGCUUCCUGCCGCGAGUGCCUUCAGAGGCCGCCGCCUUCUACGUCACUGCCGGAAGCGCGUCACUCGGCCCGUGACACCCCCACCCAGGGCGCGGCCGGCCACGCGGCGGCGCGCGAGGCGGGAGGUGGCGGGAAGCUGGCAGGACGCGCCUCGCUCGCUCCGUGCUGCCUGCGCUUCAGAGCGGGGCCGCUUCACAGAGGACGAGGCUGCAGGUGCGGACGCCGCCACCUGCCACUGCCUGACAUGGACGAUCUGCGAACAAAGUGGGCGCGCGACGGCUUCGUGGUGCUGGAGGGCUUCCUGGCGCCGCAGGAGGUGGCGGCGCUGCGCGCAGAGGGCCAGGCCUUCACCCAGCAGCUGCCGCCCGCCGGGGAGCGCGCCGUCUUCAGCACCACCUCCAAUAAAGACCGCUACUUCCUAGACAGUGCUGACAAAGUUAGUGUGUUCUUCGAAGCGGAUGCUUUAGACCCAGAAGGAAACUUAAAAGUGGACGCUGAGAAUUCUCUAAACAAAGUGAGAGAAGUUUGCUGGCAACUGGGACUAAAACGACCAGCAGUGGUACAGAGCAUGUACAUCUACAAAAAUCCAGGCAUUGGUAGUGAAGUAACUCCACAUCAAGACGCAACAUUCCUUCACGUUGAUACACCUAAUGGGAAUGCAAACACUGUAAUUGGAUUUUGGUUGGCUCUAGACGAUGCCACAGUAGAUAACGGAUGUCUCCAAUUCAUAUCCGGUUCCCACUGCACUGGUGUGCAUCGGAGACUUGUUCGUAACACAAACACAGAAACUGGUGAACUUAUUACUUUCUCUGGACCACCUCCAAGUUACCCCAAGUCAGCUUUUCACUGUGUUCCAGUACCGAAAGGAACAUGUAUACUUAUCCACGGCCAAGUAGUGCAUCAGAGUGCGCCAAAUCGAUCAACCCAACCACGCCAUGUGUACACGUUCCACGUUGCUGAUUUGGCUAGAGGAACCUGGUCUCCAGAGAACUGGCUCCAGCUACCAGAAAAUGUUUCUUUUCCAGUCCUAUAUGAUCAAUCUAAUCAACAACCUUUAUGAAUAACUUAAAUCAAACAUGAACGUUUGUUUUUUAAACAAACACCUAGUCCACGUGAUUAAACAAACAGUUUAACUGGACAUUCUCAGAUAUAAUGAAAUGUGCUAAGGCUGAAUACUGUAAAGUAAAAACUCUAGAGACAAAACAAUUAGAAAAUUACAACUGUUACCCAUCUCAUCUUUAUUCAACAAUGUUUGAAAGAUAGUGAACAGAAAGCGAGAAUACAGAAAAAUAUAACAUUUGGGUAUGUUGAAGACUACAUUGAAAACUAAUUGUUGUUAAUAAUUCGUUAUAAUUUUUAAUGUCUUAUGAAAUAAAUAUGUACUAAUAGUUUGCAAAAAAAUAAAGGUUUUAGAUUACAACAAUCCUACCAGUUCCCCAAAGUGAAGUUCCUUUACUUUGUUUCUUCUUUCUGCAGUUAAAAUUAGUGUGAUGGACGCCCCCC